GCACAGAGCAAGUGUGUGUUUGAUGAGAGGAUGCUGAGGGAAGGGAAAGAACAUACCUGAGAAGAAGCCAAGAAGGUUGUAGAAGUAGUAGCAGCAGCUCCUCCACAUCCUCUCUGUCUCUGUCUCACUGCUCAAAGACUGUUUUAGCAGCAUCGGCAGUGGAAGAUGAACAAAGUUGAGGAAUUUAAGCUGCUCAAAAUCCAGACGGUGAUCCUCAAAAUACACAUACAUUGUGAUGGAUGUAAGCAGGAGGUGAAGAAACUUCUUCAGAAAAUUGAAGGAGUUUACACAGUCAACAUAGAUGCAGAGCAUCAGAAGGUCACAGUCUCAGGGGAUGUGGACUCCAACACCCUGAUCAAGAAGCUGGCAAGAUCAGGAAGGCAUGCAGAGCUGUGGCCUCAAAAGUCCAACAGCCAGAGCAACAAGCCCGGCCAUCAGCAUCAAGGAAAAGAGGGGAACAAGAACAACAAAGGCCAAAGCAACCAAAGCAACCAAGGCAACCAAGCCCUUCUCCAGGGCCUCAAAGCAUUCAAGAACCAGCACAACAGCAUCGAGUCCUUCAGCUCCGAUGACGAUGAAUUCGACGAUGGUUUUGAUGAUGAGGAAGAAGAUGAUGAGCUGCGUUUUUUUGGUGAUAAAAUGAAGCAGCUUAAUCUAUUAAAGCAGUCAAACAACGCAGCAGCUAAUGCCAAGAAAAAUGGCAAACCUGGUGGGAAUGGUAACAACAGUGGAGGAGGGAAGAAGGGUGGAGCUAAUCCUAAUCAAGCCACUGGAUUGAAGGGAUCAAAUGCUGCACCUCACAACAAGGUGGGCAAUGGAGCUCCUCUCUUGGGUGGUGGUGCAGUGGAGGGUAAAUUGGGCAAUGGACUGCUGGGUGUGGCAGGUCUCCAAGGACUUGGUGGGGGCAAAGGGAUGGCGUUGCAUCAAGCUCAGCAGCAGCCAGGGACCAACUUCUCUGCAGGUUUCCCUGCGAAUGGUAAUGGUAAUGGUAAUGGUGGUGGAUUUGGGGUGAACCAUCAUCAAUCACCGCCUCUGAUGAUGCCCUUACAGGACCAUGGGUAUCUGAACCAGGCACCUUCCAUGAUGAUGAACCUGAGAGGGCUCAACACCACCACCAACAACAACAAUAACAUCAACAUGCUAAUGAAUGAGAGCAGGUACAUGCAACCCCAAGUGAUGUACAACAGGUCACCUCAGAUCCCUCCCUACACUGGCUACUACUACUAUCCCUACCCCUACUACCAAAGCCCUAAUCUCAGCUACCACUCAACGGAGACUGGUGGCCAUGGCCAUCCUUGCAGUGAUGAGAACACCACCAGUAUGUGUACUGUAAUGUAAGAGAGCUUGGCUCCAAUAUGCAUGUAGUGUGUGUCCUGUCCAUUUGCUUCUCUGUUGGUAGACGAAAAAGGCUGGUCUGAAUGGCUUAAAUGUUGGAGCUGCUUGGCACUGAUAGCAGCCCAGUAUAUUUACUUCAUGCAGUUAUUAUCCCAUCCUGUCCUAUCA